CGCUCCUACAGGACUGGAACAGAACGCUUCUCUCCCGGUGCUUUCUGGCUGGUCCGGGAAGGCGGCGGUCCCGUAGCUGGGAGCGGCUCCAGCACAGGUGCUGCCGCAGCGUCCGGGCAGCGGGGACAGCGCGGGACUGAGCUGGCAGCGCCUUCCUGAGCCUCGGUGUCCCGCAGGGUCGGGACCAGCUGGGACCUGUCAUCAUGUCCCUUUCCAUGGGCCAUCUCCGUGGGCGUAAAGCUGUUUCCAUGCCCGACACUCGAAAGGGUUUUCCAUCAUUCCUGAUUUGUCGGGAGCACGGGGUUAAUUGUUCCGAGCAGUGGUAUUCCGGCUGUGAGCUGGAGAAGAGUGAAUUCUGCUCCAUCCAUGGGCGUCUGAAGGAGCUCCUGCGUAUCCUGGAGAGACGAGCAGCCGGGCUGACACACUUGCCUGGGGUGCAAGAAGCCACUUGUGGUAAUCUCAGGGACGCCAGUUGUGAGCGUGCAGUGAGUGAAGAUGUGGAGAAUGGAAUCUGCAGCAGCGAUGGCAGAGUGAGGGAGCCCCUGGAUCCCCAGGGCACAUCAGCAACCGGCCAUGGGCACAGAAGCAUCCUCAGAAGAUUCCUGGGCAAGAGGUUCAGCUGCCAUCCCGUGCUCCCCUUGGUGCUGAUCCUGCUCCUGGUGCUGGUGCUGGCGUUGGCGGUGGCCUUGGCUGUGCAGUCAGCAACACAGGCUCCAGUUCCAACUGCGACUCCUCUGUUGAUUCUGGGCUGUCCCCCUCGCUGGGUUGGAUACAAUGGAGUCUGCUACUACUUCUCAAGGGAGAAGGGGACCUGGGAUGAGGGUCAGGAGCGGUGCUCGGAGCUCGGGGCCUCCCUGGCCAUUGUCAAGGAUGAGGCAAUGGAUUUGCUCUUCCGCCUCGGCGGGAACGGCGAUUACUGGGUGGGGCUGCGCAGAUGGGGCGAGCACCUGCAGUGGGGGGACGGCAGCAGCUUCAGCUCCUCGGUUCCUGUCCUGGGCAAUUCCGAGUGUGUGUACCUGGCUGAGGAGAAAUUCAGGAGUUUCAUCUGCUCGAAUCCGCAGCCGUAUCUCUGCAGCAAGCCCCGAGCUCCCCUGUAACAGGGGCUGGAGAAAGGAGCUUCUCCACGCUGGGCAGUCCCAGCUUCACCUCUCAGCCCAGCUCAGGGCUGUCCUUUCUCAGCUGCACCCUGUGCCUUGCACUUGCUCUCAGGGUCACCUCAGUGCCUGUUCAUCCCCCUGCCAGCGCUGGGCUGGCUGUUCAAAGGAAAAGUCUCUGCAAUCCAUCCUGCCAGCCGUGCUAGCUGGAGUGAGGGGAUUGCCCUCACUGCACACCAAACUCGAAUGGGAAAUCCAAAUCACCCAGCCAGACAUCUUGGAAAUUAUCACCAAGCGGCCUAAAGGUGAGACUUUUGAGCUGCCCUUGGAAGAGGCAGAAGAACAGCUGACACGUGCUGAGGAGUAAUCCCACUUUUGGCAUUAGGCCCCUGAUUGUGAAGAAUGGUCUGUCUGUCUGUCUCUCUGUCUGUUGCAAAGGAUCUGACUGUUCUCCUGCUAUGGGAGGAAAGCCAGGUAGCAGGACAAGGAUUUCUCUCCUAGAGGGGGAAGCAGCAAUAUAAUGUGAUUGGAACCCCCAUCCCUCUGUGUUGGAGUGUGUGAAACAGAAGCCUCUCUGAAUUCUUCGAGAGAGAGAUCAGAGUGCAGAAAGUUUAAGUUUAUAUAAUUUAUUAUUAUUUCUAUUAUUUUUAUAUAUUGUACAUAUAUUAAGUGUUUAAAGAAGUAAAUGCCUUAGAAUUUAGUGUUAAAGACAAUCUUUAAGGAGAGCACAAAAACCAUAAUUUUUGGACAUAAUAAAAAUAUAGUAAGAAUAUUACUUACAUUUUUCAGAUAGAACAGAUAGGCCUAUGUGCUGAUUAUGUGUAAACAUUUGCAUUAAAAAACUAGAAUUCUAA